GCUCCCGCAAACAUGGCCGACGAGGACGAAGAUGACUACCUCAACAUGACCUUUGAGGAGGCUCCCGCUCGGAAGGAGACUUCUCUGCAAAUCACUGCCCGACGGAAGAAAGAAGCGCUCGAACGCGGCAAGGUCAAGUCCAAAGCAGAGCGGGCAGAAGAGGCAAAACAGAAACUCGAACAUGCUCUCGCCACCGAAAUUGACAGUUCCAGCAAAGGUGCCCAAAUGAUGGCAAAAAUGGGUUUUAAAGGUGGCGCUCUCGGCAAAACUGAAGGCGCCAGGACUCGACCAAUCGAGGUGCAACUCAAGGAAGACCGUGGUGGGAUUGGCAUGGAGAGCGACAGGAAACGCAAAUUUCGAGAGGCUGCCGAAGCGGUGGAUCUGCAGGAGAAGAAGGUCAAGCUGACCGCUGACGAGUACCGAGAGCGCAAUCGGCAGGAGGUCGAAGAGAAGCGGUACGAGAGUCAGAUGUGGUCAGCGAUGCGGACGCUGGAAGUCUUUGAGACCGAGGGCCACGCUGGAACUGAGCAAUCUGCGGGCGUAGAAGAUGCCCGGAACUUGUCAUCGGAGAACGUCCCAUUGCGCUCGGCCAACGUCCUGUGGCGACCACUCCUCAAGCAGAGACUAGAAAAGGAGAGGGAGAGGCGUAGGCGAUACGAUCUCGAUCAGAGUCUGUCCCGGAAGCUGGACUAUACCGAAGACGACGAAGACGAGAACCUGGCUUUCGGUAACGAAGUGGAGGAAGACUUGGAUGAAGAAGAUCCGGAGCUCAAUGAGUUUGAGGCAUUGCCGGCCGAGUCGCGUUUGGCAAUGCUUUUGGCGCGGCUUCGUGAGAAGUACCAUUAUUGUUUCUGGUGCAAGUUCCGCUAUGCAGAUGAGAAGGCUCUGGAGGACGAUUGCCCGGGCCUGACAGAAGACGAGCAUGGCUAGUGUACUGUAGCGUCGUCUAGAUCGUGCAUCCUGGGGAAGAACUUAGCGUAUCCAGUACACUGGUGACUGGAUCGUCUGUUUGUACUGCUUAAAUUGCAUAAUGCAUAAAUCGUUACAUGCCC